AUGCGCUAAAGCAAGCACAGACUUACGUAGGCCCAACACAUAAUAAUACCAUCACUGAUGUUUACGUACGGAAUUUAAAUAAAUAAAAGACUUAUUCGCGGAGAAAACAUUCUUCAACAGAACGAACGGAUGGAGUUCCCUGUGGACGGCCUGGUCGGCGUGAGCCAAGAGAUCCUGGAGAGAUCAGCCCAGGACUACAUGAACAGCCUUCUCCACAGCCCCCUUGACUCACCCCAACACCUCACCCUUGCAAACAACACACAGGUGCCCAUUGGUCUUUCCAAUGUGGGUUUCGUUCCUCUAUAUGGAGACAACAUGAGACAAAAAGUCCUCGCCCUGUUCUCCCAACAGGACCAGUUUACAGCGGUGGGGCUGUACCUGUUGGAUCAAUGGUGGUCAUUGGAGAAUAUCUUAAAAACAGCCAACUCUGCCAAAGAUGGAGCUGUGGAGGUGGAGACCAUAGGGGAGCGGAUAGUUCUGUACGUUUUGAACCGUGUGGUGUACAGAGCCAAGGAGAUUAGUUCAGGUGAACUGCCUUUCCUCUGCCACGGAGAGAACGACUACGCCAAGAUCCUUUGGAAAGACGGACAGGCUGUCGGCUUCUACUCAGUCAAACCUUCAGGCAGCUUGUGCAGUUCCUUCGUAACCCAAUGCUAUCACAUUCCUGUCAUGGAUUCCAUAUUCGUCAGGAAGUGUCACCGUGGCAACGGUCUGGGUCUCCAGAUGCUGGAGAACUUUGUUGACAGUUUCAAAGAGGAAUACCUUGGGUUGAGAUACCCCCUUUCAAAAGCUAUGUACAAAGUGUGUGGGAAGUAUCUGAGCCUGUACCCAGCCCACAGAGACCUACUGUGGGAAGUGGAGAGUGUUGGAGGACCCAGCCAGAGGACCAACAUAGCCAACAAGAUCCAGGCCAUGGCCAUGAGCACCUUAUCCAAGAACCUGUCUUUUACGGAGCACUCUGUAGUGAACCGUGACGUGGUUGAAAACGAGGUGGUUAUGGAGGAAGUGACUUCACACUUACAGGAACAGGAAGCCAUGGAGUACACCGUUGAAAUUGUGGAGGAAGUUACACUGGUCAGGGUGCCAAAAGAGAAUGAAGAAAUGCCGGUUACAACCAGAGGAAGGAGCAGCGGCCUCAAACGCAAGAAGAUCUUAGAGGAAAGCAAAUCAGAGAAAGUCCUCAGGAUUGAGGAUAUUGAAGCAGACGGGGAGACUCCCAAAGAGAAGCCAGUGGCAGAGCAUCAUCAAGAGAAUAAAGACGUUGUUGCUGAAUCUGACACAGAGGAGUUAGCUGAGGAUGUCAUUGACACGGCCAUGCGGGACACAGCAGUAGAGCCUGAGCUUGGAGAGGAGAUUGGAGAGACUGUUACAACACGGACACUUCAGAUUCAGAAAGACGCUGUGUUGCUGGUGGACCUGAAAGAAACCUUGCAACCACAAGUGGAGGUAGAAAAUGUGGCCUCAGAGAUAGAGGAGGUGGAGGAGGAGACUCCAAAGGAGGUGGCAGAAAUCGAUGAAGAAACAGCCGAAGAACCCUCUAAGGAGGAAAAGAAAAGAAGCCUCACAAAACCUGUUGAGGAGACGACAGUGAAUGAAGAGCAGCCAGCAGUUGAGAAACCUGCUGAGGUAAAGGAGAAGAUCUCACCACCUGAAAAGGAAGUGGUAGCUCCAGUGGUAGAAACAAGAGUCCUUCGGAGAGGAAUAAAAAGUGUACCAGCUACCCCGACUCCAAAACGCAAGUACACAAGAAGAGUCAAACAACCUGUGGAAGAGGAGAAGGAGGAAGAGGUGGUUGAGGAAGAAGUAGAGGCAGCUCUAGUGGAAGCCAAAGUUCUGAGAAGAGGAAGGAGAUCUGCCCCUCCUGCCCAUGCCACACCUAAAUGCAAAUCCACCCCAACUGUUGUUGAAGCGGAAGAGGCAGAAAAAACAGAUGAAAUGACAGAGGAGGAAGUAGACGACGAAGUCCAGGAAAAAGCUGUUGAGGAAGAGAAGGCUACAACAACAACAAGCAAAGAGGAAGAGAAGGCUACAACAACAACAACAACAACAAGCCAAGAGGAAGAGAAGGCUACAACAACAACAACAACAAGCCAAGAGGAAGAGAAGGCU